AUUUUGAAUUUAAAACAAAGACUUCUUCUUCUGCUUCUUCAAAGAAGAGGAGUGAGUGAGUAUUAAUGAUGAGUGGCCAUGUCUUCCUCUGCAAAUCUUCAAGAUCAUCAGCAUCCUUUAUCAAGGCUUUAACACCAUAUCUCUACAACCCCAUCAAGCUAUAUAGUAGCCAAGCAAGUGAUAAGCAGGGAGAAAAGGUCCAGGAAUUCAUAGAGGAGCGAGCGCCAUCGACCGCACAAAUGUUCAAAACAGUUGCAGAGGAGAAGCAGCGCAAGGAGACCGCACAAGGUCAUGAUAUUGAGACAGUUGAAGAGGCUGCUGGUUAUGGUGAUUCUAAAGCUGGUUCAGGAAAAGGAAGGUACAAGAAGCAUGAAGAGGAUCAUAGCAAGGACUAAUGGAGACUAAGCAAGAAUGAAAAAUUGUAUGUGAAUGGCUUUAAUAAUAUGUACAGUGUGAUUGAUGAACUAUGGUUUAGAGAACUGUGUACAACCAAGCUGCUUUAUCUUUGCGCCUAGGAAAUUCUCAGUUUCUCA